AUGCCUAUUUUUGGUGGAUCUACAUUCGAGAGAUUACUCAGUAAAGCAACAGAUGAGCAGGUCACGGAGCCAGAUUGGAUGGGCAUGCUGGCUAUGUGCGACCUUGUUAGGCAGCAAGAGAUCUCAACAAGCUCGGCCCUAUCAGCAAUACGCAAGCUCCUGUUUCACAGGAACUCCCAAGUUGUAAUGAACUCUCUGCUAGUACUGGAAUGCCUGGUUAAGAACUGUGGACAGCCAAUGCACGAGCAAGUCACCCAGUAUGAGUUUCUAGAGGAACUGAAAGAGCUUGUCAGGACCGGUUAUGCCACAGUGCGAACUAAAGUGCUGUCCCUGGUGGCUUCCUGGAAUGAAGUCUUUAAAGGAGAAUACCGUUACAACUCUGUGAAGGAGGCGUUUGAUGCGCUGAAGGUAGAAGGUUUCCAGUUCCCUGAGUUGAACAACUCUGAAGAUAUCUUUGAUGCUGCCAGGGUACGUUGA